AGUGGCCCAAUGGGGUUUUUUUUUUUGUUGAAAAUCUUCAAUUAUUAAGUCUAUGAUAUAGUACAACAUUUAUUGAGAAAAUAAAAUAAAAAGUGUCAUAAAGUGGAAACUAAAAAAAUUGAAUGAAAAGAUUAUACACAUCAAUGGUCAAAAGAGCAAUGAAAGUCAUUGAUGAAGGCGCCUUAACUUUAUUCCUCAAUACAAAUUCAAUAAUAUUAUAAAUCAAUUGCCCAAAAAUGUUCCAUUCAUAAAUAAAUAAUCAUCUGGGUCUGUUCCCAAUUUUCAAAUUGAAGAAUCCCCUGCUUGCCUGAGUGUUAAGAAGCAGCCCCCCUCGAUUCAGGACGAAGCUUUUGCAUGGUGUUCUUAAUUUAAUAUUUUUCUCCAUUUCGAUCUCCGUGAAUUUCAAUCUCUUUCUUUGUUUCUUUCUGAUUGCUUUUGGCUGAACCCGACCUGAUUUUGUGGUGGUUCAGAGCACGAGGCUGUUGGAAUGUGCAGCUGAAUCUCUUCUUGUCUGGUUGUCUUUGGGUAUAUAAGGUGUUUGUGAAAAUGCCGCUGAGAUAGUUGUUCUUCGAAGAGACAUUUUUUUUGUUUUCCAAAACAGGGUUUUUGAUUGUACUCUUGUGGGAAGGAUUUUGGGGGAAAAUGGAAAAGGAUUACUGUUCAAGUUGGAAAUAUAGCUCAAUUCUUGGGCUAAGGAAUACGGAGGAAGACGAGGAGAUGAAAAUUGUGUCAUCUUUGCCUUCAAUUCCUCAGCCUCAAACUCCACAGGAACCCAUGGAGUUCUUGGCCAGGUCUUGGAGUCUAUCAGCUUCUGAGAUUACAAAAGCUCUUGCUCAAAAGCAGAAGCAGCUUUACAUUGAGAGGAGCCCCAUCGCAAUUCCUGAGGUCAUUGAACCCCCACAACUUCCAGGAAAGAUUAUGAGUUCUGUCCAUGCUUGGAGGAUGGGAUCAUUGGGAAAAUGGUUUCAUUUUCACCACAAGGAGGGUGGUAAUAGUGUUGACAAAAAGAAGGAUAGAGCAAGAAUUGAAAAUGCUCGUGUUCAUUCUGCUUUAUCUGUGGCUGCACUUGCUGCAGCCUUGGCUGCUGUGGUAGCAGCAGAGAACACUGGUGGCUCUGAUUCAAGAAUGGG